AUGUUUGUCACCGAUCCCGAGGGCGAUGGACAUGCACGCAAAAGCGAACGAGCCGAGUGGAUGAGAGGAGCUUCACCUUUUAAUUUAAGUACAGUGGAGCCUAAUCUUGGGCACGGAGAACAUACAUGUGGCACAGAAAAGUCUGAUGUUUCGAGUCUCGUCACCCGACGGAGUGAAGCCGAAUUUGCGCUUAACGAGUCAAACCAAUGCAUACAACAGCUACUGCAUUUAUUAAAGGACAGGUGGUAA